AGCGCCGCAGUCUGUAAGCGCCACCGCAAGCUCGGAGGGCCAGCCGUGAGGCUGCCGGAGCUAGCUUAGCGGAGCCCAGAGAGGCAGAGGGCAGCCAAAAAAGCGCCGGCCUCAGGCUCGGGCUAGCUCAGCGGAGCCCAGAGAGGUCGAGGGCAGCCAAAAGAGCGCCGGCCACGAUGCCGGACCAAGACAAGGAGCACCCCAUCAGCCCGGACAUCGUCCAUUUCGAGAAUGUGCUCGACCGCCUGGUGUACGUGCAGACCAUCUCGAUCCGGAACUAUGCGGACAAGGCGCGGCGCGUGCGCAUCGCCGGGCCCCACGGUCCGGCCAACAAGUCGCCGUUCUCGCUCGUCUACACGCCGACGACGUCGCUCGCGCCGGGCCUCGAGUGCGUGUGCGACGUGCACUUCGUGCUGCCGGACCCCGACAAGGCGGUCGCGUCGGCCCUGGAGACGGGCAUCUACCGGGACCGCUUGGUCGUCACGUUCGGCGACAACGAACAACGCAUGGAGAUCCCGCUGACGGCCUCGACGCCGCAGGGCCGCAUCAUGGCCGUGCCCACGGCGCCGAAGCGGCACCGCGUCGCCGGGCGCGACGUACAAGUCGUGCCGGCGCCCGGCGCGCCGGGCCUCUUCCACUGCCGGCUCGGGGACGUCGCCCUCAACGCACCGGCGCGCGUCGAGAUCGAACUGCGGAACUUUGGACCCGUCGCGGCAGACUUUGAACUGGAGGCCAUCAGCGCGGACGACGCGGGCGAGCCGCUGGUCGUGGAGCCCAAGCAGGGCCGGCUCGGGCCGGACCGCCGCGCGGCCCGCGACCUCGCGCGGCUCGCCGCGCGCCGCCCGGCGCCGGCGAGGGGCGCGGACGACGACGACGACGACUCCGAGCCGCCGUCGUCGCGUGAGGCGACGCCCGGGGACUCGAAGCUGUCCGUGGCGACCAAAAUCAAGCUCAUCGUCCCGACGGGCGCGGCGGGCGUCCAGCGCUUCCGCGUCAACGUCAAGUCGCGGCAGCCCCUGCCCUGCGCGCUGGACGUCUCGGCGGUCGUCGCGCCGCCGCGCCUCGAGCUGUACGCGGCCGAGGGGCCCGACGCGGGCCGGCUGCUCAGCGACGUGGACUUCGGGAGCAUGUUCUACGGCCAGGCGCGCGAGAUCAAGGCGAUCCUCGUGAACAACGCGCCGACGGCCUGCCCCUUUGUCGUGUCCGUGGCGUCCGACCGCGAACUCGCGGUCGCGAACGCCAAGAAGCGGCUCGAGCAGCAGGCCGCGGACGAGGACCUGGGCGAGCCGAAGGAGAAGGGCUCGGACGACGACGACGAGGACGAAGACGAACCGAAGACCCGGGAGGUCCAGUUCCGCGACGAGUGGGCGGUCGACGACGGCGCGCUGACCGUCACGCCGGCGGAGGGGUUGCUCGAGCCGCGGGCCGAGCAGGCCGUGGUCUUCAAGUUCGCGCCGCCUAUUCCGCCGCCCGCCUCGGGCUUCAAGCACCAGAUCUUCGCGCCGAUGACGGCCGAGGACGACGACGCGCACGCGGGCGAGGCCGGCGGGCGGCAGCGACGGAACGUCCCGGCGCGGCCCUACGGCCUCCGCGUGCGCCUCGGCGCGGAGGGGGACGAGGAGGACGGCAAGCACCCGCCCGUCGAGGUCAACGUCGCGGCGCACGCGGCCGAGCCGCACGCCGUGCACGCGACGCCCGGAAUUUUAAGAUUUGGGCGGUGCGUCACGCGGAAAAAGAAAGUCGGCGCCUUAACGAUCGAGAACGCGUGCGACGUCGCGGCGCGCUUCGAGUUCGCGCACUGCCCGCAGUUCCGCGUCUUCCCGCGCGUCGGGCGGCUGGCGGGGCGGGCCCAGGCGCGGGUUCGGGUCGAGUUCUACCCGGCGUCCAUGGGGAACUUUGAGGUCGUCUGCGACCUGAAGGUCGAGGGCGGCCUCGCGACGCAGCAGCUCACGUUCCGCGGCAAGGCGGUCCAGGGCAAGCGGGAGAAGGACCCCAACAAGUCGCUCAUCGCGGGACCGGGCAUGACGUGGGACCCCAUCCAGCAGUCGUUAUAUGGAGACGACUACCUGAAACUCUUUUCGUCGUUCGAGGGCCAGUCGACGAUAUUGGCGGACGGCACGGUCCUCGAGUCGAAGUAUGCUGCCAUCGAAGAUGAAAAACUAAGGGAGCAGAAGCAGUUCUCCGACGCGAACGCGAAGAAGUACGUGCAAUACUUAAGAGACUGCACGAAGAAGCGCGAGGGCCGCGUCGACCGCGACGCGGCCCUGCGCACGGCCGCGCUCUCGGGGCGGGACCUGAGGGAUCCCAAGGGUGUAGAUCUGGCCCUCCAUCCCCUCGAGGAGCCGCCGCCGCCGCCGCUGCCCGACGGCUUCGCGGAGCCGCUCUGGAUCCAAAAGGGCGGCGGCCGGAAGAGCGCCGCCGCGACGGCGCUCGACGCCAACAAGCUCGUGCAGGAGAAGUUCAAGCCCCGGCCCACGACCCAGGCCGAGAUGCGCCACUGCUCCGCGCGGCUCUCGGCCGCCGAGCUCGCGCAGGUGACGCCAACCACAGCACUCCUCGACUUUGGCCGCGUCUGCGUCGGGUCGACGGCCGUGCGCAACUUUGGCGUGGCCAACGGCCUGGACCACGCCGUGCUCGUCGCGUUAUCGGACGAAAUGCCGCCCGAGAUCACGGGCCGGCCGGCGUCGCAAGUCGUGCCGCCCGAGGCGCAGUGCGGCUUCGACAUGAGCUUCCACUGCGACAAGGAGAUGAAGGACUACCGCGGCGUCGUGCAGUACACGAUCAACGACGCGCACGUGCUCACGUUCGAGGUCACGGCCGAGGUCGUGCCGGUCCGCCUCGACCUCGACGUGACGGACCUGGAGCUGGCCUUCGACGCCCACUCCCUCGAGCCGUCGGUCGACCAGGAGGUCACGCUCACGAACCCGGGCAACUCGGCCGUGGACUUUGUCUGGGCGCCGGGCGCGCCCUUCGGCAUCUCGCCCGAGGAGGGCACGAUCAAGCCCUACGGCAGCGCCACGAUGCUCGUCACGUGGACGCCGGAGCACGGCGUGCCGAACGCGGCCAAACUGCACGCCCACGUGCCGGGCGCCAAGGCCGACCUCGAGCUCGCCGUCUCCGGCGUGCUGGAGGAGGCCACCUGCGCGUUCAAGCAGAAGAAGGUCGACUUCGGCAACGCCGCCGUCGGCGCCGUCAAGGACUUUGAGAUCACGCUCGAGAACACGGGCGACGUCGCGGCCGUCUGCACGAUGGAGAUCCCCGGGGAGCUGAGCGACUGCGUCACGUGCUCGCACGACCGGUUCCGCCUCGCGGCGGGCCAGACGCAGCCCAUGACGCUGCUGCUGAAGGCGACGGACCCGCGCAAGCUCGACGGUUAUGUUGUUUGCGACGUCCGCGGCUGCGCGCCCCUCAAAAUUAAAGUAGAAGGCACGGCCAUCGUGCCCGACGUGCGCAUCGCGCGCGAGGAGAUUUCAUUCGGGGACGAGGAGCCGGCGCCGCUGGUCUUCGACUUCGCGUCGCAGUUCGUGGGCUUCGAGUGCCGGCGGCGCGUCGUGCUGCAGAACGCGUCCGAGAUCCCCGCGAACUUGAUUCUGGACCUCUCGAACCACCCCGACUUCGACGCGGAGCCCUGCAAGCCCCGGGACGAGCCGGCGCCCGCGCCCGCCACGCAGGCGCGGCCCACCUUCGGCCGCACGCCGGCGCCGGCGCCGGCGCCCGCGCCGGCCUCGGCGCUCGAGACGUCCGCGGGCUCGAGCAUGGAGCACGUCGCCGCGCGCGACGACGACGACGAGACCGUGUCGACGCGGCGCAGCUCCGCGCCGGCCUUCGAGCACUACACGCUGACGGUCGCGCCGCACGGCGCGCUCGCGUUCGAGCUCAUCUUCGCGCCCAAGGCGCCCGGCGCGCACGACUUCGAGCUCCCGCUCGAGCUCGUCGCCGGGGGCGGGACCUUCGACGCCAUGCUCAAGGCGUCGGCCCUGCGCCCGAUGCUGGUCCUCUCGCAGACGACGGUCGACUUCGGCGAGCGCAUCUUCACGCCCGACGAGACGCGGCGCGUGCCCUUCUCGCAGGACGUGGUGGUGACGAACCACCACCACGGCACCCUGACGUGGCGGCUGGAGGUCGGCGACGACGUCGAGUGCUUCGCCGUGACGCCCAAGGAGGGCAGGCUCGUGCCGGGCGAGACGACGACGGUGCGCGCGGCGUUCACGCCGAGCGCCCCGAAGGAGUUCGAGGCGCGCCUGCCGCUCGAGUUCCUCACGGAGCAGGAGCAGGAGGACGGGCCCAUGCCAGACAAGCCGGCGCUGGACCUCGUGCUGCGCGGCGCGGGCGCGAACCCGCGGCUGGAAAUCGAGGCCCCGCCGACGGAGGACGACGUUGAGUACCAGCGGUGCGAGGGCGACGUCUUCAUCAUGCCCACGGUGCCGAUUGGGGUGACGUCGCGCGUUUUAGUGUACGUGCGGAACAUCGGGUUCGAGCACAUGACGCUGGAGCACGAGGUGCCGCCGACGUGCCCCGUGACGCUGGACGUGCAGUUCCCCGACGGCAAGACGCUGUCCGCGGCCAUCCCGCGCGUGCCCAUCAUCGUGUCCUUCGCGGCGACCGAGCCGGUCUCGUUCGCCACGAACCUGCGGUUGUUGGAUUCCGAUGGGAGGUCCUACGACGUCCCGCUGGCCGGCGCCGCGGACGCGUGCCUCCUCAGCACGCACGCCUUCCUCGACCAGUACCGCUACGACUGGACCUUUUACAUGAAGGACGGCCGCGCGCCGAAGCUCGUGCCCGCGCUCCUCGCGCGCGAGAUGAUGGAGCGCGAGCUCAAGGAAAAGGAGGCGGCGCGCGCGAAGAAGCGCGCCUCGCUCUCGGGCAAGGGCAAGAAGCCGAAGAGCCUCGAGGACAAGCCCGCCGCGGCGCCGGCGCCCGCGGCGGCCAAGCAGAAGAUCCCCGACGGCGUCGACGCGCGGAAGGAGCGACCGCUGCCGAACGACGAGCUUGCGCCCCUCGUCUGCCAGUGGCUGAACUACCACGCGCUGAGCGCGACGCCCGGCCCGAAGGCGCCGCUCAAGGCCAUCCCCGAGGACUGCUACGAGAACAACGGCAAGGUGCCGCUCGACGCCAUCGAGGCCCUCUGCGGCAAGAAGCUGCCGGGCCGCCUCCAGCGGACGAUCUCCAACGACCGCGAGCUGGCGAACCAGCUGCUCGAGCAAUACAAGGCGCUGCUGCUGUUCCUCAUCGAGCGGGGCUGCCUCCUGAACCAGGUGCGGCCGGAGCAGCUCUUGGAGAGGCACCACUACAUCCUGAUCAGAGACCAGCAGGCCGGCGCGGCGCCGACGCGCUCGAUCAAGGAGGCGCGCCACGCGUACUGGGACGAGACCCACGCGACGGUGGCGCACGAGGCCUGGCUGUCCGUGCUCCUGCAGACGAUCCGCGUCUUCGCGCUGCAGCGCCUCACGCCGAAAGCUUUCGCGAGCCUCCCUGGCGUGCUCGUCGCCAAGCCCCCGGAGCGCAAGGACGACGACGACGCGUCGCGCAAGUCCAGCCGGUCCAACAAGUCCCAGGCCGACCCGGAGAUGGGCGGCUCGAACGUCUAUUCCGUGGGCGAGUGCGUGCUGCUCAAGUGGUUCAGCUACCACUCCGGGAACGGCACGGGCGCGCCGGCGGGCCUCGGCAAGCGCUACAACACCUUCGGCAAGGCGUUCGGGGACGGCGCCGCGGUCUGCGGGUGCGUGGCGUCGAACGCGGCGCACCUCGUGGAGAGCGGCGGCGCGCUGGCCAACCUGAAGACGCUGCUCGAGCCGCAGAACGACGACGAGAAGGGCGAGCUCCAGAAGAUGGCCGCCGAGGCCCUCGUGAAACUGAGGUGCGACCUGGGCGAGGCCGGCGCCGACGAGGACAUGAUCGAGGCGCUCGGCGCCGAGGACUUUCCCCACCUCGACGGCGCGCGGGGCGUCCUCUUUUGUUUGCACCUCUACCUGACGCUGCCGAACUUCGUCCCGAAGACGACGAUCGAGUUCAACGCGACGCUCGGCGCCGCGCUCUGCAAGACCAUCGAGCUGAAGAACUCGGCCGCGCGGGACAUAGUGUACGACGUCCAGCUCGACGGGUCCCGGGACUUUGUCGCGCUCGACUCGCGGGGCAAGCCGCGGGACCGUGCCAAGGCGGCGACCGUCAUCGUCGACGCCAAGGGCAAGGGCGACUACGCCGUCGAGCUGCUGCCGCGCUUCUCGGCGCCGGUCGGCGGCCGCGUGACCUUCUUCGCCAAGCCCUGCGACCGGCCGGGGCUGCGGGCACCGGCUCUAGUUUUUGGACUGCAGUCGCGCGUCGAGUCGCACAAGGCCUGCGGCUUCGCGCGCGUCGAGGCGACGUGCUACGAGCCGAAGACGUUCGACGUGCCCAUCGCGACGCCCUUCAAGGAGCAGGGCGUCUUCGCCGUCAAGGCCAUCACCUGCGAGUGCAUCGAGGCGUACCGCCCGGCGCGGCCGGCGGCGAAGAAGGGCGGGCCGGUCUCGAAGAAGAAGAAGCGCGUCACCGUCGACGCCGCGGACCUCUGGCUCCAGGAGGGCCGCUCGGGCCCGGUCCAGCAGGCCGCCAAGCUGCUGCAGGAGCCGUUCCACCCCGUCUCCAAGCAGCUGCGCGUCUCCAAGGAGGGCGACGCCGAGUUCAAGGUCGAGGUCCUGGCCUGCUCGCCGGGCGUCUACAAGUGCGAGGUGCGCUUCCUCAACGAGGACAUUGGAGAAUUCGUCGUCGAGGUCGUGGCGAAGGUGGGCCUGCCGAAGAAGGCGGAGAGCUUCAAGUUCGCGCUCGAGGCGGGCGCCGACGGCCAGACGUCGGUCAACAAGCUCCUCAAGUUCUCGUCGACGAACCCGGCGCUCGAGCGGGCCCUGGGCUUCCUGACGGAGCGCGUCUCGUCGAACGCGGAGAAGGCUUUGGUGCGGCAGGCCCUGCAGCAGAUGUCCCGCGGGCCGCCGCCGCCCGACGACGCCGACGAGCCCGUCGACGACGAGCCGGGCGCCGACUUCACCGUCGUCGUCGACAGCCCCUUCUUCCAGGCCGCCGACUCCGUCUUCAUCGCCGCGGCGGGCGGCAAGACGAAGGGCCCCGCGAAGGCGCAGCUCGCGGACGUCAAGGAGAGCGACCCCCUCGACGCGCCCAACAACCUGCUCCUGUCCUUCUACCCCCAGAAGGCCGGCGCCUACGCCGCCGGCAUCGUGGCGCAGGCCCGGCCGGGCCUCGUGCACGACAUCCGCACGAUCACCCUCGACGCGGCCGUGACGGUGCCCAAGAUCCCGACGACCAUCGAGUUCCGGGCGCCCGCCCGCCAGACCAUCGUGCAGGAGAUCCCCCUGCAGAACGCGACGGACGAGGACUGGAAGUUCACGGGCAACGUGCAGGGCAGCCGCGCGUUCUCGGGCCCGAAGACCCUCGAGGUGCCCGCGGGCGGCACGGCCCACUACCCGAUCACCUACGCGCCGUCCUGGGUCGGCGAGGAGAAGGCCAAGCUCGUCCUCAAGCAGGCCAAGUCCUCGGACAGCUUCGAGUACCAGCUCGAGGGCUCCGCCGAGGAGCCCCUGGCCGAGGACCACGUCGUGCUGCAGUGCCACGCGCGCGAGCCGCACCGUCACAUCUUCCAGCUCAAGGGCGGGCCCAAGCCCACGACCUACACCGUCGAGGCGGACCUGCCGUUCGUCAGCGGCGCGAACGAGGUGCAGGUGCCGGGCAACAAGACCGUCGACUUCCCGCUCACGUUCACGCCCGCGCUCGGCGGCAAGUACACGGGCGCCGUCACGUUCAAGAGCGCGCAGGGCACGUUCAUCUGGUGGACCGUCGAGGUCCACGUCGAGAGCCCCCUCGCGGACCAGGCCAUCGACAUGCAGACCGUGGCGCGCAAGGCCUGCUCGGCGGGGAUUACAUUGGUCAACCCCCUGGACGAGGAGAUCGCCUUCGACGUCGUGUGCGAGGGCGACGGCGUGAGCGGGCCGGCCCGCUUCGCGCUGCCGCCGGCCGGCGAGGCCACCUACGAGCUCAUGUACGCGCCGCUCAUCUCGAAGACGCACCGCGGGUCCGUCGCCUUCCUGAACGACCGCGUCGGCGAGUUCUGGUACCAGCUGAACCUCGACGCGACGCCGGCGCCGCCCCUGACGCUGGCGCCCUUCGCCUGCGCCGUCGGGGCGCGGGUCUCGACCAAGGUCACGAUCGAGAACCCGCUGCCGCAGGAGAUCGAGCUCGCCGGGUCGUCGAGCGGCCCGACGUUCGUCGUGCCCGAGACGACGGUCGUCGCUCCGUACCAGGCGGUCGAGGUCGAGGUCACCUACGUGCCGUCGGAGCUCGAUGCGGAUCAGACCGCCACGGUCAAGCUGGCGCACGAGGCGCUGGGCGAGUACGAGUACGUGUGCACGGGCCGCGGGACGCGGCCCGGCGUCAUGGACGAGCACCGGCCGUCGGCCCUCGUGGGCGACCCGCAGUCGUACAUGUUCAACUUCAGGAACCCCUUCGACGCGCCCAUCGACGUGGACGUGGCCCUCGAGGAGGACGCCGCGUACCCGGGCGCGCUGCAGCUCAUCCUGCGCCGCCCGUCGCUGCGGCUCGCGCCGCGGCAGCAGACGGCCGUCCCGCUGGCCUUCGACCCCCGGGUCAUCGCCGAGCACCACGCCGUCGUGCGCGUCGAGACGGACUACCGGGGCGAGCGCCUCACGUGGCGCUACCCCGUGCGGGGCAUGGUGAACGCGCCCGUGCAGCUGCGCGCCGUGCGCCUCGCCUGCAAGGCCAAGACGUCGCAGCAGCGUGAGGUAAGGCUACGGCUGAAGAAUCUGGCCGAGCUCGCGCCGGGCGGCGAGGACUUUGAGUUCGAGGUCGCGGCCGACGACCCGGAAGCGAGCGCGUUCGCCAAGCGCGCGCUCGCGCUCAAGCCGGUCAAGUUGCACCUCGACGGCAUCACGGACGAGCUGCGGUUCGACGCGACGUUCCGGCCGCUGCGGGCCUUCGCGGGCUCGGUGAAUCUCGUCGUCCGGCGCGAGACAGGCGGCCGCUGGCCGUUCGAGGUCCAGCUCGAGGCGACGGAGCCGGAACCCGACGACACAAUAGCUCUCGAGGCGUCGCUCCACCACACGGCGAAGGCGCGCUUCGCGCUGGUCAACUCGCUCUCGACGAACUUCGAGCCCUUCUCGGCCUACUUCACGACGGACUCGUCGCGCGCGCUCGCCGUGCAGCCGACGCAGGGCCUGCUGGCGCCCGUGGGCGCCGAGGGCACGGCCUUUGAGGUCGCCUUCGCGCCGACGAAGUACUCCAUGCUCGAGCGGGGGCGGCUGGUCGUCAAGACAGCGGAGACGACGUGGUCCUACGAGGUCCGCGGCACGAACCCGCCGUUCGUCGUGCCCGAGGCGACGACCAAAAUCGACACGCACAUGUCGGCGAGAUAUCUGCGUAAUUAG